AUGACUCAUUAUAGUAAACAAGAUCCCAGUGGUUAAUGGUCAAGAUUGAUCGAAAGACAAAGAAUAUCAUAAGAAAUGCAAGAAAAAUAAGAGAAAGAAGAGUAAGAAAAUAGAAAGCGGUUAUACAGAGAAGAAUUGGAAAGAUUAAUUAAUGAAUAGAAGCAAUCAACUAUUUAGAAAACAAAAUACGAUUCUGAAUUCGCUGGAGCUAUGCAAAAAUUCUUACAUGAGAGAGACAGUGUUGAACAAUUGAAAUUGCAGGAACUUAAACAAAAACAAUCUGAAUUCAUUAGAUAUAGUCUAGAACAAGAAUAAAUGAAGAAAGAAUAAUAACGACUCAACUUUCUCUAAGAAAGAUAGUAGCAAUUUUAAAUUGGAUAAAUGAUGGAUCAAGCAGAAAAAAAGGAUUUCUAUCUAAAAUAAUAGAAAAAGGAACAAGUGCAAAAAGACUUAGCAUAAUCUUAUGCUUAACAAGAAGAAUAAAAAAAAAUGGAUUAAUAUUUGGCCAGAUAGAGAGAAUAAGAGAUUCUUCAAGAACAAUUACAAAGAAGUUAAAAAGAGGAAGAGUAAAGAUUAUUACAUCUAAGCAAAAUUAAGUAUGGAUAUCAUCAGAAUGAAAAUGUUCUGUAGAAAUACAAUGAUCUUUAUUUGCAAAAAGAAUAUAGAGACAAAGAACUUCAAAGAAAAUUUAUUGAAGAAGCUGCAUCAUAUAAGUAACGAUAAGAAGAAGAAAAAUAUAUUAUGGAGAGAGUGAAUAAGGAAAAAUUACAAAGGGAUACUGUUGACACCAUCUUAAAUCAAAUACACUCUAAACAACAGAGUUAAAGAGAACAAUAGAACAGCAAAUAUAAAGAUCAGGAAUUCUUACUUGGACUUCAUCAAAAAUUCCAAAUGCAAGAGAAAGAACAAAGUGAUAGGAGGAAUCUAUAACAAUAAUAAUAUAGAUAAGACCUAAUUAUGUAAAUUGAGGAAGACAAAAAUAGAAAAUAAUAGGAAGCAUCAAUGAGUAUGGUUGAGUUAAAUAUGAAUAAGAAAAUAUUUGAAGCCGAAGAUGAUCCCCAAUUAGCUGGUAUUGGAGUUGUUCCUGGAUUAUCAAAUCAUGUUGACUAUGAAAAACUAAAAUAAAAAGCAUACGUGGAUGGCACGUUCAAAAAAUCAGCAGAAUAAUAGAUGCAAUUUAAGAGAUUAAGAAAUGUAAGUGCAUACAUUGCUGGUAAUAAUGUUACUUAAAAUUAUGGUUAUUGA